AUGGGUCCACCUGCCGGGCCCACCUGUUACAGCUGUGUGUACGUGCCUCCAGAGCCCAGCAAGAACGUUGCACGCAUGCAGCAGCUCAACCGCGACAACGGCGCCCCCGAGCCUUUCGUGAGCAAGGUCCCGGUCCUCGUCGAGCUCUUCUCAGGAGAACACGACCCCAACGUGUCUACGGAGGCGUGGGCCUACAAGCAGACGACGUUCGCUGCUGCCAUCUUCCUGUACGCCGCUCAGGUGCACGGCCUCGCCACGUGCCCCAUGGAAGGCCUGGACCAGGCCAAGGUGAAGCAGGCGUUGGGCAUCCCGGACCGCUACAGCAUCCCUGUGGUGGUGGCUCUGGGCCACGUGAACCCUGAGGCCAAGCCUGCCAAGCCGUCGGUGCGCUUCCCGCCCUCGGAGAUCUUCUUCGACGGCAAGUUCGGCCAGUCGCUCAAGAAGUUCUUCGACGAGAAGUAA